CAGAAAGGUGAACAGAGUGAGACCUCUGAGUUUUCUGUGCACUGUAUAAGUUCUUGACUCUCCACAGGAAUAUCCUCUGCAGGUCCUAAAUACAGGGUGAAGAGCUGCUGAAAACAAGCAGGAACUUUGCGCCUGCUUGUUUCUGCUUGUUGCCUGUCUGGGUCUGUGUCUCAGGGGCAGGAAUGAGACCUCCUCACCGCUGAGCUCAACAUGAGAGAAUGGUGGAUCCAUGUGGGUCUGAUCUGCGUCCCGCUGGUAGCCGUCUAUCUGCACAUCCCGCCCCCUCAGCUCUCCGCCGCCCUGCAGAAGUGGCACAACGCCGGGGAGUUCUUCCACUUCAGAGGGAAGAGGAUCUUCUAUAAAGAAUCCUACGGCGCUUUGGGAAGCUCAGACGUGGUCCUUCUGCUCCACGGCUUCCCUACCUCCAGCUACGACUGGAACAAGAUCUGGGAUCCGCUCACUCAGCGUUUCCAUCGAGUCAUUGCACUGGACUUCCUUGGAUUUGGCUUUAGUGACAAACCAAGACCCCACAGGUAUUCCAUCUUUGAACAGGCCAGUAUAGUUGAGGCCCUUGUGGCCCACUUGGGUCUGAGCCAUCAGCGUCUCAAUUUAAUAUCCCACGACUAUGGUGAUACUGUGGCCUUGGAGCUGCUUUACAGGAGUGACCAAAACCGUACCGGGCAUCUGAUCUUCAACAGUCUUUGUCUUUCUAACGGAGGAAUAUUCCCAGAAACGCACCACCCACGGUUGCUGCAGACACUGUUGAAGGACUCGAGUAUUCUGGCGACAGUUCUGACACGCCUCACCAACUUUAUCAUCUUCCAAAAGGGCAUUGGAGAAGUGUUCGGUCCUUACACACAGCCCACAGAUGCAGAGUUCUGGGACAUGUGGACAAGUUUACGCUACAAUGAUGGCAACCUCGUUUUGGACAGUAUUCUCCAGUACAUCAAUCAGAGAUUUCAACACAGAGAUCGCUGGGUGGGAGUGCUCACGUCCACACAUGCCCCAUUGCACAUGAUCUACGGGCCCCUGGACCCCGUCAACCCCCAUCCACAGUUCAUCCGUCUUUACGUGCAUCUGGUAAAGAGGUCGACCAUCACGAUUCUGGAUGACCACAUCAGUCACUACCCGCAGCUGGAAGAUCCCACCGGGUUCUUAAAGGCUUAUUUUAAUUUUAUUCACUCCUUCUGAACGGUGUCAGGUACCAUAACCAGAUCAAAGAUAAGUUAAAAAUGAUUUAAGAAUAUUAAAUUAGUAGGAGCUGAAGUUCAGUCUGAAGACAACAAAUCAUUAUUUAUAAACCGUCUGAGAAGAUGAACUACUGUAAUGUUGAGCUUUUCUGUUGAACACUAUUGAAUCCUGCAUUCUUAAUUACUUUUGAUAUAAUUUUCUACGUUACCCUAAAAGUUAAUGACAUUGACAAAAAAUGUCAACUUUUCUUUAAAUAAAGAUUUUGUUAAAAAAAAAAAAA